AUGGCUCUCGCGCGGCCAGUCAGACUGAUUAUAGGAGUCUGUAUAGCUCUAAUUUUGUUGCUCAUCUACCAAACUUCUAGUUCGCCAUCCUUAUCCCUUUCACCAAUCCGAAAACAUAAAUACGACAAUGGCUUGAAGCGCGAACCUCUGAAAGAAUUGACUGGGGAGCCAGAGGGGCCUCUGUGGAGGGCAGAGGGGGACGCUUAUGCCCCUGAUAAUCCAAAAUCUGCUCGAAUUAAGGCAACACUCAUUUCGCUUGUACGGAACGAGGAGCUGGAUGAAUUAAUACCAACAAUGAGGGAGCUGGAGAGGACGUGGAACCAAAAGUUCAACUAUCCUUGGACAUUUUUCAACGAUAAACCGUUUACGGAGGAGUUUAAAAGGAGGACGCAGGCGGAAACGAAGGCGAAGUGCAAUUAUGAACUCGUACCGAAAGAACACUGGGAUGUACCGUCGUGGAUAGAUAUGGAUAAAUAUCGGACUGCUUCCAAGGCCAUGGAGGAGAAUGGCAUACAAUAUAGUACCGUGCUUUCCUACCACAAGAUGUGCCGCUGGAACAGUGGAAUGUUCUACAAGCACCCUGCUCUCACGGAUAUGCAAUACUAUUGGCGUGUGGAGCCAAAGGUACGCUUUUUCUGUGAUGUGGACUAUGACGUCUUCCGAUACAUGCAAGACAGGAACAAAACCUAUGGAUUUACGAUCAACUUGUAUGACGCACCCGAAACUAUGCCAGGGCUGUGGCCAGAAACUCUCAAAUUCUUAGAAAAGCACCCCGACUAUAUACAUGAAAACAAUGCCAUGGACUGGUUGACGGACAACAAGCAAAGACCUGAACAUAAUAAGAAGGCGAACGGAUAUUCAACUUGCCACUUUUGGUCAAAUUUUGAGAUUGGCGAUUUAUCCUUCUGGAGAAGCAAGAAAUACGAAGAGUACUUCACCCACCUAGACAAGGCAGGAGGGUUUUUCUACGAGAGAUGGGGAGAUGCACCCGUUCAUUCCAUUGGACUUGGUCUAUUUGCUGAUAAAAGUAAAAUACACUGGUUCCAAGAUAUUGGCUAUAACCAUAUCCCUUUCUUGAACUGCCCAAAUUCCCCUAAAUGCAGGGAAUGUGAGGCCGGGCAAUUCUAUCGUGGGGAACCAUUCCUCCAACUCGAAGAUUGCCGGCCGAAUUGGUUCAAAUACGUUGGAGAGGGCUAA